AUGUCUCAGACAAGAGAACCAGCAAGCGAACAACCACCGACCACCCUUCGACGUCAGAAGUAUCUUCACUACAGUAUUGUACUCAAUAUCCUGGCAAGGCUACCAGUUAAAUCACUCCUAAGAUUCAGGUGUGUUUGCAAAUCUUGGGAUUCCUUAAUCACCAGUCCAUAUUUCAUCUCCACCCACUUAUAUAUCAAUAACGUUGAUCGUGGUGAUUAUAUUGUUAACAUGCCCUGGUAUGUGAACCCUUCUUCUCCUCCUUAUUCCAACAGACCAGUCAUUACGUUUUAUUGCGAUCAUGAUGGGUUUGAUAAAAUUUUCGAGUUUGAAAUUCCCUCAAGGUUUCCGCCUUAUCAAGCUAACUUAGUCGGUUCGUGCAAUGGCCUUUUGUGUUUGGAAUUUCAAGUAUGGGAGGAGAGAUGGCAAGCAGCAUCUAAAACUGCUAUUAUCUACUUGUGGAAUCCCAGUAUUAGAAAAUUAAAGAGGUUGCCUGAUAUUAUGUUUGACUGCUUUUUUGACUGCUUUAUUCCACUCGGAUUUGCUUAUCAUUCCGAGGAUAAUGACUAUAAAGUUGUCAAGAUUUCAUAUUAUUCCAGGAGAAAGCUUGAGGUUGAGGUGUACACAUCAAAAUCAGAUUCGUGGAGAACACUUGAGGACCUUGACGUUUCAUUGAGACCCAAAACUGAUGACUUUGGAUUUCAUUUUUCUUUGCCAAUCCCAUUUUUUGGUGGAGCUUUGCAUUGGUUAGUAGAUAUCAUACAAGGCGAAGAGAAGCACAAGACUGAAAUGAUUUUGUCAUUUGAUGUCAAUAAUGAGACAUUUGAAGAGCUAGCUAUGCCUGACCGUUGCUUUGAUGGAGCAGGCAAUGAAUUUGAUGGGAAAUGUAUUUCGUUGUUUAGGGGGAAACUAGCUUUGAUCAGAUUGGAGACAGUUGGAGAACAAAGUUUUGCAUGUGUAUGGGCCAUAAAGGAGUAUGGCAAGCAUAAAUCCUGGAAUAAACCUCUUGUUGUACGAGAACAAUAUGAUCGUUUCUAUGGUCUCACCAAGCGGGGUUUCAUUCUUUUGGAAGAUGAAUCCCACAUCUUUGGUAAUGGUCAAUUAGAAAUGCCGAAAAAAUGA